UUCACGCAGCGGGACACCCUGGAAGAGCCGGAGAUACCUCAGGAGGAUGCCGAGCAGCGGGCCGUCGGUGUGAGCGUCGACCCGACAGGAUGUGACACGAACCGGGAGAAAGCAGCGAGCGAGGACACCGACAUCAUGUUGGUCCGGAGCUCCCACGGCCGAGGCCGAGCCAAAGUGAGUCACGCCGUGGUGGUGAUCUUCCUGGAGUUCUUCGCCUGGGGGCUGCUGACCACGCCCAUGCUGACCGUCCUCCAUGAGACGUUUCCUCAGCACACAUUCCUGAUGAACGGCCUGGUUCAGGGCGUGAAGGGUUUCCUGUCGUUCCUGUCGGCUCCUCUGAUCGGUGCGCUGUCAGAUAUCUGGGGCAGGAAGUCUUUCCUCCUCAUGACGGUGUUCUUCACCUGUGCCCCCAUCCCCUUCAUGAGGAUCAGCCCAUGGUGGUAUUUCGCUCUGAUCUCAGUCUCAGGGAUUUUCGCUGUGACCUUCUCGGUGAUCUUCGCCUACGUCGCCGACAUUACAGAGGAGCACGAGAGGAGCACGGCCUACGGACUGGUCUCGGCGACCUUCGCAGCCAGUCUGGUGACGAGCCCGGCCAUCGGGGACUACCUGUCCGCGCAGUACGGCGACAGCCUGGUGGUUCUGGUUGCCACGAUAAUCGCCGUGGCCGACAUCGCCUUCGUGUUCUUCGUCGUCCCAGAGUCGCUGCCGGACAAGAUGCGGCUGACAUCCUGGGGCUUCCCCAUCUCCUGGGAGCAGGCCGACCCCUUCGCCUCUCUGCGUCACGUGGGCAAAGACACCACAGUGCUGCUGAUCUGUGUCACAGUGUUCCUGUCCUACCUGCCUGAGGCCGGACAGUACUCCAGCUUCUUCCUCUACCUGAGACAGGGCCAGCAACAACAGAGAAAGGCAACCAGCAGGCGCAGGAGGCCCACAGGACAAAAGAACCCCUGA